AUGACGCCUAAGCAGAGAUCCGUACACGGACCGACAAGAGGAGGGAGACGGCCGAGUGGCCUCACACGAGCCGAGGCGUCGACUAGAAGGAGUUCUGGCGCUGUAUCCAGCAAGGCACCGAGACGACGAAGCGACAUCAAACCUGGGGACCCCAUCCAGCAUGGGAAGAAACGACGAUACAAGCCGGGUACUGUGGCGCUCAAGGAGAUCCGACGAUACCAGAGGAGCACGGAUUUACUAAUGCGCAAGCUGCCCUUUGCACGGCUGGUGCGAGAGAUCGCUAUGGAGCUCACACAGUCAGAAGAUACAAUAUUGCGAUGGCAAUCACAAGCAAUACAAGCAUUGCAAGAAGCCUCCGAGGCCUUCCUGGUGCACUUGUUCGAAGACACGAACCUAUGUGCCAUACACGCCAAACGCGUAACCAUAAUGCAGAAGGAUAUCCAGCUGGCAAGGAGGAUACGCGGGGCUUGGGGUGGUCUGGGCUAA